AUGAUUAAGGAAUGUGUCGUCUCUCGCUUUGAACCAGGAAUUCGUUCUCUUUCGUCUGCUGCCUCCUCUUUGCAUCAUCAGUGGACGCACGACGAAGAAUACUUUGUUUUUUUUCCUACAAAAUGUGUGCCCUUUGUCUUUGCAACGUUUAAUUUCUUCUUUCUUUCUUUCUUUUUAACUAUUUUCACUUGCACACUUAUUAUCAUUCCUUCUUUUUCUUUCUUUCUUUCUGCUUCUGUCUUCUAUGCAUUAUUCUUUUUUUUCUUUCUUUCUUUCACCCCUCUAGCAUUCAUUUGUCUUUCUUUCUUUCUUUCUUUCUUUCUUUCUUUCUUUCUUUCUUUCUUUCUUUUCUUUCUUUCUGUCUGUCUGUCUGUCUGUUUUUAUUAUUCUUUCUUUCAUUCAAUAUUUCAUUCUGUCUUACUUUUCCCCCCUGACUCUCAUUCAUUCAGUUUGACUUUCAUUCAUCAAUUCAUUCAUUCUUUAUUUAUUUCUAUUAGCCCCUGUCUUUCUUUCUUUCUUUCUUUCUUUCUUUCUUUCUUUCUUUCUUUCUUUCUUUCUUUCUUUCUUUCUUUCUUUCUUUCUUUCUUUCUUUCUUUCUUUCUUUCUUUCUUCAUUUCUUUCUUUCUUUCUUUCUUUCUUUCUUUCUUUCUUUCUUUCAUUUCUUUCUUUCUUUUUUCUUUCUUUCUUUCUUUCUUUCUUUCUUUAUUUCUUUCUUUCUUUAUUUCUUUCUUUGUUUCUUUCUUUGUUUCUUUCUUUCUUUCUUUGUUUCUUUGUUUCUUUGUUUCUUUCUUUCUUUCUUUAUUUCUUUCUUUCUUUCUUUCUUUCAUCUUUCUAUAUCUUUACUUAUUUAUUUGUUCCUCACUGACUUUCUUUUAUUCUGUCUACCUUUCAUUCACCCAUUCAGUCCUCCUUUAUUUCUUUCUGUCAGUCUCUCUGUCUUUCUUUAUUUGUCUCUUUCUUUCUUUCUCUCUUUUCUUUUUACAAAUUGCUUUUUUAAAUUUUCAUUCACUUUAUUCUAUUUUUGAAUUCCUUUUCAUUUUGUUUUCUUUUGUUUAUUUUCCCCUUCCUCCACGUUUCCACAUCUUUCAUCCUCUUUCUUCCUUUCAUUAA